CGAACUUCGUUCGAAAAACCGCCCCAAGAAAGCCAUAAAAUUUCCUUCUCUCUUUAAUCUUCGUUUUUGCAUCUAAAAAUCUGUCUACUUCGAUCAUCGGUACGUAUUCUAAAUUUCGUAGUCAUUUUCUCUCCUGAAUUCAAAGGUUGGGGUUUCCUACUUAGCUGAAAACCCUAGCCUAAUUCACUUUGUAUUAAAUUUUUGAAAACCUUAAUGUUUUGGUCUAUAUAACGAGAUUAUUUAUGAGGGAUAAUUGUAUUUAUACUAAAAGAAAUCCCAAAAUUCAUGGGAUUUUCAGUGGGUUAUCUUCCUUGGUUCUAUUUCUCUUUUUCUACACCCGGGUAGAUUUCUUAAGAAACCCUCAUAUUAGCCAAUCGUCUGGGUUUCUUAAUCAUAAUUUGACUAAAAGGACUGGAUUCCCUUAUGUGUUUGGUCAUGUUAUACUUCGUCGAAGAAUUAGUGAACUUUAUUCCAAUUCAUCGCAUUUAGCUCCCUGGAAUGAUCAACUGAAUGAGUUGAAUGUAAGCUCGAGCAACCAUGCUUUCUGUGCUGGAUUAAUGGAUUAUAAGGGUUUUGCUAAUCAAUGUGAGUUCUUGAAAGCCAAUCCACAAUGUUCUUCGGAAGGUUUCUUUGAUUACAUUAGGUUCUUCUAUUGUGGUUGUGGUGAAUUUAGUAUAGUGGGCCAUUUGAUAUUGGGUUUUUGGCUUGCUUCUUUGUUUUACCUAUUGGGAAACACUGCAGCCGACUACUUUUGCUGUUCAUUGGAGAAGCUUUCGCUUCUGCUUAUGUUGCCUCCAACUGUUGCUGGGGUUGCACUCCUUCCAUUAGGAAAUGGGGCACCGGAUGUGUUUGCGAGUAUAGCUGCAUUUUUGGGGACAGAUACAGGGGGAGUGGGUCUUAAUAGUGUAUUGGGUGGUGGAGUUUUUGUUACUUGUGUUGUUGUAGGGGCUGUCUCCCUUUGUGUAGCAGAGAAGGGGGUCCAGAUUGAUAAAAGAUGCUUCAUUAGGGAUAUAUGUUUCUUCCUUUUUACACUCAUGUCACUUACAAUCAUAUUACUAAUUGGUAAGGUGAGUAUUUUGGGUGCCAUUGCAUUUGUCAUGAUCUAUGUGAUUUAUGCAUUUUCCGUGGUUGCAAAUGAGAUUCUGUGGAAACAUCCCAGGAGGUUGAAAUUGGAUGUUGUUACACAAUUGCUUCCUGUUCGAGGAAGUCUGUUUUCACAAGGAAACGAGGAGGAUACUUUCCUAUAUAGUUCUUUGCUUGAUGUGGACUCCGAAAACGAUCCACCCCAACUCCCUAGUUCCCUGCCACAAUGGAUGUGGGCUACAAAUGUUGCUAUUUAUUCAAAUCACUUAAAUAAGGCUAGUUCAUUAGCUGAUGAGAGGCCUCCAUGGGGUUGGACUGAAGAGGGCAUGGAAACUAAUGACACACCAUUCUCAUGCUCUAAAUUGUUAUUGCUCCUGGAGUUGCCACUGACGGUUCCAAGGCGACUAACAAUUCCUCUAGUCAAUCAAGAAUCAUGGUCAAAACCAUAUGCUGUAGCUAGUGUUUCAUUGGCUCCUGUUCUGUUAGCAUUUCUGUGGAAUAGCCAAGGUGAUGUGGGCUCCCAGAUUCGAGUGAUAACAUGGUGUAUCAGUGUUGCAGCUGGUUGCACUCUUGGUGUUCUUGCAUAUCAGAAUACUGUAUCUGAUCAUCCACCUCAGAGGUUUUUAAUUCCAUGGGUAUUAGGGGGAUUUUUUAUGAGCAUUGUCUGGUUUUAUAUUAUUGCUAAUGAGCUUGUUGCUCUGUUGGUAGCAUUUGGUGUGAUUUUUGGAAUUAAUCCAUCCAUUCUUGGAGUAACUAUCCUGGCGUGGGGCAAUUCAAUGGGUGAUUUGGUGUCAAAUGUUGCACUGGCAAUGAAUGGCGGUGAUAGUGUGCAAAUUGCAUUGUCUGGCUGCUAUGCAGGUCCCAUGUUCAACACACUUGUUGGGUUGGGCAUCUCAUUGCUGCUUGGAGCUUGGUCAAAGAGUCCUUACUUGUACUUGGUUCCUCAAGAUAGCAGCUUGUUUUGUACCGUGGGCUUUCUCAUGUCAGGAUUAAUCUGGGCACUUAUAGUUUUGCCUCGGAAUGACAUGCAGCCUAGCAAGAGAUUAGGACUGGGUCUUAUAAUGCUCUAUAUGUUAUUUCUUUCACUCAAGGUGAGCAGUGCUAUGGGAUAUAUAUCACUGGGUGGUUUAAGCUGAUUCAUUUUAUAGGCCUGAUCAAUGUUAUCAGUUUCCAUGUACUAUCAGCUAUUUGUUUUCUAUGGCAGAGAAAGCCACUGUUGUUGUUUCCCUAGGCACGAUGUAAGAUUUACUUAGAUAGGCAAAUGAUAUAAACUCAUUAAAUUCAUUGUGGGGUUUCCGUAUUUCUUGGAAAAAUCUCAAACCA